AUGGACUUCGGUACUGAUGAGCGCCAACACAGCCAUGGCGACGGCGGCGACGCGGCGGAGUGGAAGAAGGUGGUGGAGCUGAGGGCCGUCGCCGAGGCCCAGGACCCCGCGGCCAAGGAGGAGGACGAUUUCGUGCUGCGCCGGUUCCUGCGUGCACGGGAUUACAACAUUGGUAAGGCGUCGAUGAUGCUCCUCCAGUACCUCGCCUGGAAGCGCGUCGCCAAGCCCCAUGGCUCCAUCUCUGACGAGGAGGUGCGCGGCGAGAUCGCAAAGAAGAGGGUCGACAUGCAGGGCUUUGAUCGUCUUGGUCGCCCCAUGGCGUAUAUCUAUGGCGCACGCCACUUUCCCGCCCGGCAAGACCUCGACGGAUUCAAGCGCUAUGUAGCCUAUGUCCUCGACAAAAUCUGCACGAGGAAUAUGUUGCUGGUGGGGCAGGAGAAGUUUGCGGCGGUGAUAGACUUGAGAGGGUGGGGGUAUGCAAACUGCGACAUCCGAGGCUAUGUGGCAGCGCUAGACAUCAUGCAGAGCUAUUACCCAGAGCGAUUGGGGCGUGUGUUCCUGAUCCACGUGCCCUACAUGUUCAUGGCCGCAUGGAAGAUGGUCUACCCCUUCAUCGAUGAAAAGACAAAGAAGAAGUUUGUGUUCGUCGCUGAUAGGGACCUCGAUGCCACUCUUCGGGAUGCCAUCGAUGAGUCCCAACUCCCCGAGGAAUACGGCGGCAAGCUCAAGCUAUAG